UUCUAUUCCCCCGUUCCUCCUCGCCCCCAUUAGUUCAUAACUAAGGGAUCUUCCCGAGCUUGCUUUUAAUCCGGGAUCUUGAAAACCAGGGCCGGAGAGAGAGAGGGUUUUGCGCACGAGCAGAUUCCGACUUCCGCGAAGGAGUCCGCGGCCCCCAGAGGCCGUGGGUUGGCGUGACGUCAUCACACCGCGCCGCUCCCAGGUGUCUUCAAGGUCGCUUUGAGGAGCGGCCGCGCGCGUAAGUGACCGGCCCCGGGUUCGGACGCGCACCGUGUCUGUUUGGCAGGCUCGCCGGCGCCAUGACGGGGUACACGCCGGAUGAGAAGCUGCGGCUGCAGCAGCUGCGGGAGCUGAGGAGGCGAUGGCUGAAGGACCAGGAGCUGAGCCCCCGGGAGCCUGUGCUGCCGCCGCGCAGGUUGUGGCCCCUGGAGGGAUUCUGGAAUAACUUCCUGCGGGACGGGGCCCCGUGGAAGAACGUGGUCUUUAAGACAUACCGGUCCAGUCUCUUCGCUGUUUCUCAUGUGCUUAUACCUCUCUGGUUUAUUCACUAUUACGUCAAAUAUCACGUAGCUAAAAAACCAUAUGCCAUCGUUGACUCGAAGCCCAGAAUAUUCCCAGGUGAUAUAAUUCUGGAGACUGGAGAAGUAAUUCCACCAAUGAAAGACUUUCCUGAUCAACAUCAUUAAAGAGCACUUAAAAAUUGAAAGACUUGUGUAACAUCUAAAGCCUCUUCCUAUAGUGUUGUAUUUACAGAAUCUGUUCCCUGGAAAAGUAACCAAUAAAGCUUUUUCUUGGAGUGUU